AUGUGCCAGACUCGUGAAAAUAUUAAUCGUACAUUUCUCUAUAUUAUUUGGGGCGGAGCAGGAUUUUGUAGUGAACUAAAUCAAUUAUUACUGGCAUUUGCAUAUAGUGUAGCGUCCAAAAGACAUUUUCUUAUUGAUAGUCGACAAUGGAAUUAUGGAAAUUUUAAUGACUAUUUCAAUUUUGAAGCAAACAUAUUUUAUUCUUUAUCACAUUAUACAUUUCUUAGUGAGAUUAAUCUUAAAAAUGAUCAAAUCGAACAUUUAAAAACUACUCGAACAGGAUCCCAAGUGAAAACAUUUUGGGUUGCUACACGACAUGUGCAAUCCAUUGAAAUAAAACGUCGCGUAGCACAUUAUUUAUGGCAACGGAUGACAAAAGAAACAAAAUUAUUUAUUCAAAAAUAUAGAAUAUCCAAUAUAUCAAACUAUAUCGGUAUCCAUAUUCGUAGAGGAGAUAAAUUAGUGAAAGAAGCUCGUGUAAUAUCAUUACAGAAGUAUAUUGAAAUAAUUGAACGAAGAAUACUAGUAAAGAAUAUAAGUCAACAUAUAUUUGUCUCCUCAGAUGAUCAUUUAGUGAUCGAUGAAUUGUGUCAUUUGAAACCAACAUGGAAUUUUGUUAGUAUAUACAAUAAUCAUUAUAACAAUACUCAACGACACGGUCAUUUUCAAUCGCAAUUCAAUCGUUUAUCAUCGAGUGAAAAAUUGUUUGAAACACGUUUAUUAAUGUGUGAGCUUCAAAUGUUAAUUGACUCUCAAUAUGUUCUUUGUUCAAUGUCAUCUAAUGUUUGUCGAUUCAUACAAAUUUUAAGACAUCAACAUCCCUCGACUGUUAUUUCAUUGGAUAGAUCAUGGUUUGGAACAUAA